AUGAAAUUACUGAAAUGGAUUCAUUUAAUCGAAAAUUGUCGAAAAUCGAAAAAUAAUUGCUGUAAAAUUUCAUUAGCAAGUGGAAAAAUUCAUGGGUUGCGAUAUUUUAGCAACCGAUUUAAUGUUAACUAUAAGAAUAAAACCAAUCAUAAAUUGAUAACACCAUGGAUUCAAUCAUUACUACAAUCGGGUUCGGUGAUUGUUUCGAAGGUGGAUAAUAUUUAUGAUAACCUAGCUCUGGAAGAAUGGUUAUAUCAGAACUAUGAUUUUUCAGUAAAUAAUGAACAAAUUCUUUUGCUAUGGUAUAAUCGACCAGCUGUUGUUGUCGGUCGCCAUCAGAAUGUUUGGUUAGAAGCAUCGAUAGAUUAUUGCAAUCGGAACGGAAUCGAUGUGGCCCGCCGUAAUAGCGGUGGUGGCAGUGUUUACCACGACAUGAACAAUCUAAACAUUUCUUUUAUAACAUCUAGAAAAUGCUAUGAUCGUAGCCGAAAUCUUCAGUUCAUCAAAGAUGUACUCAUUGAUAAUUUCAAAAUCAAUGUUGACAUCUCUCCUAGAAAAGAUCUAGUCAUUCGUAAUGGUGGAGAGAAAAUUUCUGGCACUGCAUCAAAAUUAAAUAAUCAUAAUUCUUAUCAUCAUUGUACAUUAUUGGUAGAUGUUGACAAAGGCAAUCUCCGAAAUGCAUUACGCUUGCAGCCAAUCAAGAACGUAUAUUCGAAUGCAACCAAAAGUGUUCCAUCGCCCACGAUAAAUUUGAAAUCAUUAAAGCAUUCAGUGACAAUGGGAUCACUAAUACAAGCCAUUUCAAACAGUUAUUCCAAAUAUUACACUGCUAACAAAGACAGAAUUUCAUCUGUUCACUUAUUAAAUCAAAUUGAUUCUAAACGAUUCGGCUCUAUUAAUGAAAUUCGUUCACGUUUUCAAUCGUGGGAAUGGAUAUUCGGCAGUACACCUAAAUUUACCAUUUGUUCGGAAUUUUCCGAUCAAUCAAUCAAUUAUGAAAUGAGAAUAAUUAUAGAAAAAGGAUAUAUUCAACAUGUAUCAGUUGAACCUAAUUUAAUUAAUGAGAAUAACAUUCUACAAUCAAAUUUAAUAGGAAAAGUACGUUUCGAACAGAAAGAUUUGGAACAAGCAUUUGAGACUAUUAAAAUCAAUUCGGUUGGUAAUCAAAUUAUUUCAAAAAUUUUAUUGGCCAUAUUUGCCUCAUAUAAACAAAUUUGCAAUUAA